UGGCUGCCAGUGCAACCAGUCUGAGUUUAACGUUGCUGCGUUGCGUACACGUAGGCCGGAUGAAUGCAUUACUUCCUGCUGCUGCUGCUCCCAAAGAAGUUGAAUAUCGAUAGUGGAGCUGUUCGCCUUUAGCUGCGGCACAUUCACAAGAACAGUGUUGGUUCACCCCAUUUUCCCCCGAAGCUGAGUGGAAAAAGGGGGUUACAUUUUGUGUGAUCGCCAGCGCAAUUGACGAAACUGCAGAUUCUAGUCGAACGGUGGAAAAGUGACAACGUGAGUGUGUGAUGAUAGCCAAAGUGAUCGUGGCCAAUGGAAUAGGAAAAAUAUAUGAUCGUUGGGAAAAAAAUAUUUUCUAUACCAGUUUUUUUCUGCUUUGAGUGUGUGUGAGUGUAAUUAACGGCAUUUUAUCUUCAGAAAUAAAGUUCAACAGUGAAACAUAAGAGGUGGAGAAAGAGUUAAGUGUAGAAAGUCAAGAUACCUCGAGUCAGCACAAAAAAAGUGAAAAAGUAAUAAAAAGAUCUGAAAGAAGCUGAGGCAGUCACCUAAAAGGCAGUGAUUUAACCCUUGACAAUUCUGAUGGAAUACUGAAAAAUUGGAUUACAAUCACGCGUAUCCCAGUGUCCCCUUCGAAAGUUGUGGAAUUCGGCCCAUUUUUUCUCUCUCUCGGAAGGUGCCGCUCCCAUCGUCUGGUGUUCAUCAAGGGAACUAAGCGGAACAAACCCGAACCGUGCGCAGUCAUCCACUCAAUCGAUUAAAACAAAAGUCAAUGUGGCGACAAGAUGGUUAUAGUUACACGGGGUGACUACAUAUGGAUCGAGCCCGUGUCUGGACGCGAAUUCGAUGUGGCCAUCGGGGCCCGAGUGAUCUCGGCCGAGGGACGGCGCAUCCAGGUGCGUGACGACGACGGGAACGAACUAUGGCUCACGCCGGAACGACGCAUCAAAGCGAUGCACGCCUCGUCCGUGCAGGGCGUCGAGGAUAUGAUAUCGCUGGGAGACCUGCACGAAGCCGGCAUCCUGCGGAAUCUGCUCAUCCGCUACAAUGACAAUUUGAUCUACACAUACACCGGUUCCAUCCUUGUAGCGGUGAACCCUUACCAGAUCCUUCCGAUUUACACAGCACAUCAGAUCAAAUUGUACAAGGAGCGAAAGAUAGGGGAACUGCCACCACACAUUUUCGCCAUCGGUGAUAAUUCGUACGCGCACAUGCGACGCUACGGUCAGGAUCAGUGUAUUGUUAUCUCGGGCGAAUCGGGUGCCGGCAAGACCGAGAGUACGAAGCUGAUUCUGCAGUACUUGGCGGCGAUCAGUGGGAAGCACUCCUGGAUCGAACAGCAAAUACUCGAAGCGAAUCCUAUUCUCGAAGCAUUUGGGAAUGCCAAAACCGUGCGGAAUGACAACUCGUCGCGGUUUGGAAAGUACAUCGACAUACACUUCAACAACGCCGGGGUUAUCGAGGGUGCCAAGAUUGAGCAGUAUCUGCUGGAAAAGUCUCGAAUCGUGUCUCAGAACGCUGAGGAAAGAAACUAUCAUGUGUUCUACUGUUUGCUGGAUGGGUUGUCACCGGAGGAGAAGAGAAAGCUGGAUCUCGGUCAUGCGUCGGACUAUCGAUAUCUCACCGGAGGGGGUUGCAUCAGAUGUGACGGGAGAAACGAUGCGGCGGAGUUUGCCGAUAUACGUUCCGCCAUGAAGGUGCUCUGCUUUUCGGAUGGGGAAAUUUGGGAAAUUUUGAAGCUUUUGGCGGCUCUUCUGCACACCGGUAACAUCAAGUACCGAGCGACAGUUAUUGAUAAUCUGGACGCCACGGAGAUCCCGGAGCAUAUUAAUGUGGAAAGGGUGGCUAGUUUGUUGGAGGUUCCGUUGCAACCGUUCAUAGAUGCACUUACUCGGAAGACGUUGUUCGCCCAUGGCGAAACGGUUGUGUCAACCUUGUCGCGGGAUCAGUCGAUGGACGUGCGAGACGCCUUCGUGAAGGGAAUUUAUGGGCGACUGUUUGUCCUGAUCGUUAAGAAAAUCAACUCGGCGAUCUACAAACCAAAAUCCACCACACGAAGUGCUAUCGGGGUGUUGGACAUCUUCGGUUUCGAGAAUUUCGAUCACAACAGCUUCGAGCAGUUUUGCAUCAACUUCGCGAACGAGAAUCUGCAGCAAUUCUUCGUGCAGCACAUCUUUAAGCUGGAGCAGGAAGAGUAUAAUCAUGAGAGCAUCAAUUGGCAGCACAUAGAGUUCGUCGACAAUCAGGACGCACUGGAUCUGAUCGCCAUCAAACAGCUCAACAUAAUGGCACUGAUUGACGAGGAAUCCAAGUUCCCCAAGGGUACCGAUCAAACCAUGUUGGCUAAAUUGCACAAAACCCACGGUUCCCACCGGAACUAUCUCAAACCAAAGUCGGACAUCAACACCAGCUUUGGGCUAAAUCAUUUCGCGGGUGUCGUCUUCUACGAUACCCGGGGUUUCCUGGAGAAGAAUCGUGACACCUUCAGUGCCGAUCUGCUGCAGCUCAUCUCAAGCUCAACGAACAAAUUCCUCCAGAUGGUAUUCGCCGAGGAUAUUGGAAUGGGGGCGGAAACUCGCAAGCGAACGCCCACGCUGUCCACACAGUUCAAGAAAAGUUUGGAUUCGCUGAUGAAAACCCUAAGCCAGUGUCAGCCGUUCUUCAUUCGGUGCAUCAAACCGAACGAGCUGAAGAAACCGAUGAUGUUCGAUCGAGCACUCUGCUGUCGGCAACUUCGCUACUCCGGAAUGAUGGAGACCAUACGGAUUCGUCGGGCCGGGUACCCGAUUCGGCACAAUUUCAGAGACUUCGUAGAGCGGUACCGGUUUCUGAUUAAUGGCGUUCCACCGGCGCACAGGACUGACUGCCGGCAUGCGACCUCGAAGAUCUGCGCGACCGUGCUGGGGCGAUCUGACUAUCAGCUGGGUCACACGAAGGUGUUUCUGAAGGACGCCCACGAUUUGUUCCUCGAGCAAGAGCGCGAUCGGGUACUGACGAGGAAGAUAUUGAUUCUACAGCGUUCGAUUCGGGGCUGGGUAUAUCGGAGACGAUUCCUCCGGAUGAGACAGGCAGCGAUUACGAUCCAGAAGUACUGGAAGGGAUACGCACAACGGCAGCGCUACAAGAAGAUGAAGAUCGGCUACAUGAGGCUGCAGGCCUUGAUACGAUCACGGGUACUGAGUCAUCGUUUUCGACAUCUGCGGGGACACAUUGUUCGGUUGCAGGCUAGGAUUCGUGGCUAUUUGGUGCGGAGGGAAUACGGACAUAAAAUGUGGGCCGUUAUCAAGAUUCAGUCCCACGUGAGGAAGAUGAUUGCGGUGAAGCGGUAUCAGAAGUUGAAGCUUGAAUACCGGCGACAUCAUGAAGCGCUUAGGUUGCGGCGGAUGGAGGAAGACGAAUUGAAGCAUCAAGGAAACAAGCGGGCGAAAGAGAUAGCCGAGCAACACUACCGGGAUCGGUUGAAUGACAUUGAGCGGAAAGACAUGGAGAUCGAAUUGGAGGAGCGAAGGCGCAUCGAAGUGAAAAAGAAUAUCAUCAACGAUGCAGCGAGGAAAGCAGAUGAACCGGUGGACGACAGCAAGCUGGUGGAAGCGAUGUUCGACUUCCUGCCGGAUUCUAGCAGUGAAGCUCCUACUCCACACGGAGGACGGGAAACUUCUGUGUUCAACGAUCUACCCGUCAACCAGAAUAACCACGAGGAUAUUAUCGGACCGAUGCACACUGUCUCCGAAGAUGAGGAGGAUCUUUCGGAGUUCAAGUUUCAAAAGUUUGCCGCGACAUAUUUCCAGGGCAACAUUACUCACUAUUAUUCUCGAAAACCUCUGAAACAUCCUUUGCUCCCACUCCACACCCAAGGAGAUCAACUAGCCGCACAAGCACUGUGGAUAACAAUCCUCCGGUUUACCGGGGAUCUCCCAGAACCACGCUACCACACAAUGGAUCGCGAUAACACCUCGGUUAUGUCCAAAGUCACUGCCACAUUGGGACGAAAUUUCAUCCGCAGCAAGGAAUUUCAGGAAGCGCAGAUGAUGGGGCUGGAUCCGGAGGCGUUCCUCAAACAGAAACCCAGAUCGAUCCGACACAAGCUCGUGUCUCUGACCCUGAAGCGCAAGAACAAACUCGGCGAAGAUGUGCGACGUCGGCUGCAGGACGAAGAAUAUACCGCCGACAGUUAUCAGUCGUGGCUGGAAUCGCGACCAACGUCAAACCUCGAGAAGCUUCACUUCAUCAUUGGCCAUGGUAUCCUGCGAGCGGAACUCCGCGACGAAAUAUACUGCCAAAUUUGCAAACAACUCACCAACAAUCCAUCCAAAUCGUCUCAUGCCAGAGGUUGGAUUCUGCUCUCGUUGUGCGUGGGAUGCUUCGCUCCAUCGGAGAAGUUCGUGAGCUACCUCCGAUCGUUUAUAAGAGAAGGUCCACCCGGUUACGCUCCUUAUUGCGAAGAACGACUCAAGCGAACGUUCAACAACGGCACCCGGAAUCAGCCACCAUCCUGGUUAGAGUUACAAGCGACCAAGUCGAAGAAACCAAUCAUGCUACCGAUAACCUUCAUGGACGGUAACACCAAAACACUUCUGGCAGAUUCCGCGACCACUGCGCGAGAGCUCUGCAACCAGUUGUCGGACAAAAUCGCGCUCAAGGAUCAAUUCGGCUUCUCGCUGUACAUCGCGUUGUUCGAUAAAGUGUCCUCCCUGGGAAGUGGGGGAGAUCACGUGAUGGAUGCGAUUUCGCAAUGCGAACAGUACGCUAAGGAACAAGGCGCCCAGGAACGGAACGCCCCGUGGCGGUUAUUCUUCCGGAAGGAGAUUUUCGCACCCUGGCACAAUCCCAUCGAGGAUCAAGUCGCGACGAAUUUAAUCUACCAGCAGGUUGUUCGUGGGGUUAAAUUCGGCGAGUACCGAUGUGACAAAGAGGAAGAUCUGGCGAUGAUUGCCGCCCAGCAGUACUACAUCGAGUACAACACGGACAUGUCGAUGGAUCGGUUGUACACGCUGUUGCCAAACUUCAUCCCGGACUACUGCUUGACGGGUAUCGAGAAGGCCAUCGAUCGUUGGGCUGCGCUUGUACUUCAGGCCUACAAGAAAAGUUACUACCUGAAGGACAAGGCUCAACCAUUGAAGGUGAAGGAAGAUGUGGUGGGGUAUGCGAAGUAUAAGUGGCCGCUACUGUUUUCGAGAUUCUAUGAAGCGUAUAGAAACUCUGGUCCUAACCUGCCCAAGAAUGAUGUGAUCAUCGCCGUCAACUGGACCGGUGUGUAUGUGGUCGACGAUCAGGAGCAAGUCCUGCUUGAGUUGUCCUUCCCCGAGAUUACCGCUGUGUCGAGUCAGAAGACGAACAAGGUGUUCACGCAAACCUUCUCGCUGUCAACGGUGCGCAACGAGGAGUUCACGUUCCAAAGUCCCAACGCGGAAGAUAUAAGGGAUUUGGUGGUGUAUUUCCUGGAAGGAUUAAAGAAACGCUCCAAAUUUGUGAUAGCCUUACAGGAUUACAAAGCUCCUGGAGAAGGUACCAGUUUCCUAUCUUUUUUGAAGGGAGAUUUGAUCAUCCUAGAGGAUGAGAGUACCGGAGAAUCCGUUCUCAAUUCUGGUUGGUGUAUAGGUUGUUGUGAACGUUCCCAGGAACGGGGUGACUUCCCUGCGGAAAUAGUGUACGUGCUACCGACCCUAACCAAGCCUCCGCUGGAAAUUUUGGCACUGUUCAGCGUAGAAGAUGCACAUCACGGCAAACGACUAAACUCGAUACAUUCCAACGGUGGAACCGAAACCCGGGAGCGACCGCACAACCUUGCAGAUUAUUCGCUAGACCACUUCAGGCCACCCCCCAAACGCACCAUGUCGAAAGCCCUGACCACACUCAGCUCAAAACGUGGCAGUGACGAAUUGUGGCGCUACUCGCGGGAACCUUUAAAACAACCUCUCCUCAAAAAGCUACUGGCCAAGGAGGAACUAGCGGAGGAAGCCUGUAUGGCCUUCAUCGCAAUCAUGAAGUACAUGGGUGAUUUGCCAUCGAAGCGACCCCGAAUUGGUAACGAAGUUACCGAUCACAUCUUCGAUGGACCACUCAAACACGAAAUCCUACGGGACGAGAUAUACUGCCAGUUGAUGAAACAGCUCACUGAUAACCGAAAUCGCAUUUCCGAAGAGCGUGGCUGGGAACUGAUGUGGCUCUCGACCGGUCUGUUCGCCUGCAGUCAACAGUUGCUCAAAGAGUUGACUCUAUUUCUGCGAAGUCGUCGCCAUCCGAUUUCCCAGGAUUCUUUGCACCGCCUGCAAAAGACCAUUCGCAACGGUCAGCGCAAAUACCCGCCCCACCAGGUCGAAGUGGAAGCAAUUCAACACAAAACGACACAAAUCUUCCACAAAGUUUACUUCCCGGACGAUACCGACGAAGCGUUUGAGGUGGACUCCUCAACCCGAGCGAAAGAUUUCUGCCAGAACAUUUCACAGCGACUGAAUCUACGGUCCAGUGAGGGUUUUAGCUUGUUUGUAAAAAUAGCCGACAAAGUGAUAUCAGUGCCAGAGGGAGACUUCUUCUUCGACUUCGUGCGUCACCUGACCGACUGGAUCAAGAAGGCGCGACCGACGAGGGACGGCUCGAACCCGCAAUUCACCUAUCAGGUGUUCUUCAUGAAGAAGCUAUGGACGAACACGGUGCCGGGCAAGGACAAGAACGCGGAUCUGAUAUUCCACUACCACCAGGAGCUGCCCAAGCUGCUACGGGGGUACCACAAGUGCUCGAAGGACGAAUCGGUGAAGCUGGCCGCCCUGGUGUAUCGGGUCCGGUUCGGGGAAAGCAAGCAGGAGUUGCAAGCGAUACCUCAAAUGCUCCGAGAAUUGGUCCCAUCGGAUCUCAUCAAAUUACAGACAGCGAACGAUUGGAAGCGUUCCAUCGUUGCCGCUUACAACCAAGACGCUGGGAUGUCCCCAGAAGACGCGAAAAUCACAUUCCUUAAAAUAGUGUACAGAUGGCCCACAUUUGGUUCGGCAUUUUUCGAAGUCAAACAAACUACGGAACCAAACUAUCCGGAAAUGCUCCUGAUUGCCAUCAACAAACACGGAGUUAGUCUCAUUCAUCCAAGCUCGAAGGACAUUCUGGUGACCCAUCCCUUCACCCGCAUCUCCAACUGGUCUUCCGGCAAUACUUACUUCCACAUGACGAUUGGCAAUUUAGUCCGUGGCUCGAAGCUGCUCUGCGAGACCUCUCUCGGGUACAAGAUGGACGAUCUGUUGACCUCGUACAUAUCGCUAAUGCUGACCAACAUGAACAAACAGCGAACGAUAAGAGUGAAGUGAACUUGCGUUAUUGGCUAUCCGGGGACGGCACAGCUCAGAGCAGGUUUAUAUUAUUGUUUUUAACAUUAACGAAACAUUCGCUGGUGACUUAUAAGUAUUUAUUUUGUUUGAGCUUUGCUACUAUUUUUGUUUUAGCUUGCAGGAGCGUAUUAUUUAAAUAGGAUUGUUAGAACAAAUUUUCGGUUUCCCUAUGCUGCAGUAGGGAUUUAUUUGUAGUUCCACACUGAUAUUAGUAUACAUUUGAACACCAAGUCGUUUAGCGAUGCCUCCGAAUACAUAUCACUUACUCACUCUCUCCGAUGGUAGGACUCACGCUUGAAACCAAUAGAUUUUCCUUCGAGGGCAUGAAUUCAACGACAUUUUUACUCACUACUCCAACUCAUCUUUCGAGCGGAUCUUUAAGGUUAUUUUAAAAUUCAAUCAUUUUAGAGAUAAUUUUAUUGCUGCUGGGUUCCAAAAUAUCACAAACUAAGUAUGCUUUUAUUUAUUCCCCAAUGCCCAUUUUUCCAUUAGCACACUAAAUUUCACCCUUAGAUACUGCGGUAGACAUAGUUUUAACGGCGCAAGAAUGUUCGCAUUGGAGAGACCCCUCAUUUAGUCGCCCGAAUUUUCACCUGUCCCAUUUCACAGUCGCGUAAGAGGUGAGAGAAAGCUCAAAUUUUGGAAUGGUUGCCUUUCGGAUUGCAAGAAAUCGAGUGAUUUGAGUGAGAAUGGUUAGAGAUGAUUGUGCAUUUACAGUGUUAGCGGGAGAUAAACAGUUGAGCGCCAUUGGAGAAGCGCCCAAUCGGGAGUCACUGCGUACGCAUCUCUCAAUUGGGCACUGUUGCGAUGCGCGGUGUAUAAGCAUUAUUCGAGGUUUUCUUGAAGUAAGGUUUGAUAUUUUUGUAAUUUUAUUAUAACUCUGUUAUGCGCUACUUUAUAACUAUUUACUAUUAAAUGGUCGUUUACACAAUAAAGUUUACAUCAUGGAA